UAUCGAGAUAUUUGUUAUUUACAUUUUUUAUAUAAAGUGGCAACCGAGAUCGAAAAAGGUCACUAAAUUACACUUUCUUUCACUUCUACACGACACAACACCCCGUACAUUUUCUCUAUAGCACUUAGCAUCGAUCUUUAUUGCUCUCGAGUUGUAAUCUUUCAUACAUUCAAUAAGAACAACAGUGUGACAUUAGUCACCUCCCAAGGUUUCAUGUUGGAGAUCCCAAAGAUCAAGGGCUUUUCUUGUAACAAUAUGUGGCAUCUUAUUACUUUCAUUAUUGCAUUUGUUACACGAAUCAAUAAAACACACUAUCUUACUAACAAAUUUGAUCACAAAGUUAUUCUUAAUAAUUUGACCAAAGUUCUGGUCUAGACUUUUUCGAAAAUGGAGUUGUAUUCAAAAUCGAGUUUUUUUGUUAUCGUAGGCUAUAGCGAGUGACGUUACCAUUAUGGUACUGUGAAGAACCCAACCUCUUAUGAGCGAACAACAUCAUGCUGGUAUUUUACCAUUAUCAAAAACGGUCUUGGUGUUCGCUUUUACGGUUUUCGACCAGCUAAACCGAUGAUAUCCAAAUUCCAAACUCCUGAUGUGUUGCAUGGGAAAAAACAACAAGUAUCGUUUUACUUUUAAAGUACUAUCAGUUGAAAAGGCGAAAAUACGGGUAAAAAUGACGCGGUAGUACGCACCAGGAAAACACACAUCGUUAAAAGUAAAAAAAAAAAAAUAACUAUUCAAAAUAAAAAUAAUAGUAGAAAAGGUGAUAAAAAAACCUGGAGAGGGGAUUAUGUGGCCAAGAGUAUAUAGAUUGAGAGUGGCACAAAAUAAUUUGUUGAUUGGCUACCGACGUUGGCUUUUGUUAUUGUAUGAUUUCAUAGGAGCUAACCCUAACUUGAAGCAGCAAUCCAGUUAAAAUCAGGAACUCUAUCCGGGAUCUCUCUCUUGUGAAUGUAAAGUAAAGGGGUAGUUUUGUCCAAGUACAUUUCAUUAAAACAUUUUCUUAAUUAAAAAACCCCUAAAUAAAUAAAUCAGUUGUCAUCUUCCCCAAAUGCAGAGCAAAAACCCAAACCCUAAUUCCACAAAUGCAGAGAUCUCCACCAUCGCCACCUCCUCCUCCCUUCUCACCACCGCCACCACUACCUCCUCACCACAUCUCCACCCUCCCUAAAACCACCACCUUCGACCUCUUAUGUGGCGUCCCCUACACCGCCUUACCCAUCGCCACCGUCAUCUCCACCACCACCAACACCCCCAUGUUAAUGCGACGCAAAGGGAUCAAAACCUACGGCACCAGCAAAGCCAUCGAAGGGGUCUUUCUUCCCGACCAGACGUCUCUGAUUGUCGAGGAUUUGGUGACCAGUGGGACGUCUGUGAUUGAGAUGGCGGCGCCCUUGAGGGCUGCUGGAUUGAAAGUUACCGAUGUGGUGGUGUUGAUUGAUCGGGAACAGUGAAAUGGUUAGGGUUUUCUCUCUCUCUCUCUCUCUUUUAUCUAAUUUAUGCAGCGAUUUAGGUUAUCACCUGUCUUCCGGUGGCUUUUUCUCUAUCUCUUUUAUCAGUUGUCUCCUGUCUUCCGGUGGUGAUUUAUGUGAUUUAUCUGAUCUAUGAAUUUGUUAAAAGUUUGUGUGGGGGCGGUGGUGCGAGAGGGGUGUGGCAGGUGGUGGUCCAUCUGAGAAUUCUCUAGUCUGCAAUGGUAUAUGCAGAUGCGGAUGUUUAUGGUAUAUUAAUUUGGGGGUUUAUUAAUUAUUAAUAUGUUAUAUUAAAAUUAGAUGGACAAAACUACCCCUGCACAAUAAGAUAAAAAAGGCAUGUUGUAAUAGUAAAAAAUGAGAGUUUUUGAGAUUUGGACUAAAAGGACAACAAAAUUCAAACCACAUGUACCCAUAUUUAAAAAGUUUGAGAUUUGAACUAAAAUGGCAAAACUAUCCAAACCACAGGAACCAAAAUGACAAUUUACUUUUUUUUUUUUUUUGAAAGAGGGGGGAUAGUUGAAUUAGCAUAGGAUCUGCUUUAGCCCACAAAAUAUGAGAUAAAACAAACAAAUUUUCUUCUCCUAUUCUUUUCAUUUCACAAUUCUCUAAACAAGGGAGAUUACACGAAGUUAAUUUCUCAACACAAAAGUGCACGUGACUUCCCUAAUCUAAUUACCGGAAUAAAGAAAACAACAUAAAAGUAACUUACAUUGAAAAGAAAAAAAAAUCUAGGCCUGGCAAAAAAAAACCAAAUGGGUUAUUUUGGGUAAUUUUGAAAAGAAUAAAGAGUUGUUUGGUAGACUCUGAAUGGUUAAUAAGAGGCUACCUUUUAAUGGAAUCAUUAAUAAUUUACCAAUGAGAAGGUAGAAGAAUGUGAUAUGUGAUGUUUUAUAAUUCAGAAGCUACCUCUUAACCAGUCAAACUUGAGAUUACCUAUUAUUUAUUUAAAGAUUUUAAACCAUUAAAAGAUAUCAUCUGAUACCAAACAACCCUAAGAUAGGUCUGAAUCAGAAUCGUUCAGCAGCAUCUGGACUUCGAUACCCUUCCUCUCAUUCAUAAACCCAGGUUAAUACGUCUUCAUCCAGCUCGAAUCGUUCAGAAUCGUUACUAUCUUUGAUGCAUCUCCGAUUCUUCAUCCAGCUCGAAUCAUUAUACUGAAUUAAGAUAUCAUACUUUCAAUUUAGAGGAUUUAUUUGAAGGGAUAUGGGAAUACAUAAUACUGUUAUGAAAAUGUUUAACAAGUCUAUAGCAUUCGGGCUUGUGGGAAUUACUGUAACAGACCGCUAUGCUGGAGUAUGUCCUAUUCGAGGUUCUUCAAUGGCUCCGACUUUUAAUCCUUCUUUGGAAUCAUUUACAGAUGAUUAUGUUUUUCUGGAGAAAUUUUGCCUUGACAGAUACAAAUUCUCACACGGCGAUGUAGUAAUUUUCAGCAAUCCGACUAAUUACAAGGAGAGGUGUGUGAAAAGAAUAGUAGCCAUGGAAGGUGACUACAUAAGUAAUGUGAAUGGUGCUACAAGGGUUCCGGAGGGACAUUGUUGGGUCGAAGGAGACAAUUCAGCGUUUAGCAGUGAUUCAAGAACAUAUGGCCCGAUUCCAUUGGGGUUGAUACGCGGAAGGGUUACUCAUGUCAUUUGGCCACCGCAAAGAAUGAAAAAAGUUGAUAGAAGAAUUGCUCAAGACAGGCUUGCCUUGUGAUCUCUCUCGUUCUCUCUUUGUUUGUGCAACGCUCUUCUCAUUUUUUGUAUUCGUGAAAUAAAUCAGUUUUGAGUUUGGCUCUGCUUCUUUAGGUUGUUGCAAAGAAUAGUUUUCUUCUGGUGGCUAAAGAAAGACAUUUUGUGAAAAACCUCAAAAAGGAAGCAUUACAUUAUGUUCAAGUGUGAACUCUUGAGCCUCAUGAUUUUAUGUACAGGUUAUCGUUAUGGCGUGCAAAA